AAAAUUUAAUCGCUAAGGAUUUAUUUUAAAAUAAUUGUUUUCGCGAUAUUUUCCGUUUCUUAUCAAUUUUGUUAACCCGAAUGUAUUUUAAACUGUUAAUAAAAUAAAAUUUUAUCAUUAUAUGUUGGAGUGCUGGUCAAAAAGUGCCUUAAACGACUGAAAAAGUAGAGAAAAUUUUUAUGCGUCCAUUACAAAAACAACGACAGGUGUAAAAAUAUUUCCUCAAUGAAUCAAACAACAAAAGAUAUGUACAGGAAAUAUUCAGUUGAUAAAUGAAAACUUUUGCUCAAAUUACCAUAAAUUGGUGUAAAGUGAUUGUGAAGUGUUAAGGAUCAAGUCUCGAGUCAUUCGAGGGCGAAAUUUGCCCCGUAGACUACAGAAACAGAAUCGAGAGAAGAAAAGUUGUUAACGAGACAGCAUUUUUUUGUAGAAAAAAAAAAAUAUUAUUUGAUGGGAAAAUAUACAUAACGAAGAAUGGAAGAAGAAAUUAAAAGUUAUGCUAGCAACGAAAUUGGUGAAUCAUCGAGAAACUACCAUAAUCCACCAUCGAUGCCGAAAAUUAAUGGAAAUAAUCCACAUGUUGAGUAUCAAGACGAUGAUGAUUUAGGGCCACUUCCAAUGAAUUGGGAGAAAGCUUAUACAGAAAACGGUGAGGUUUACUUUAUUGACCAUACAACGGGACAGUCACAUUGGCUCGACCCGAGACUAAGAAAGUUCCAAAAGAAAUCACUUGAGGACUGUGAAGAUGACGAGCUACCUUACGGAUGGGAGAAAAUUGUUGAUCCAGAGUAUGGUAUUUACUAUAUUGAUCAUGUGAAUAGAAGAACACAAUAUGAGAAUCCUGUGAUACAAGCAAAACGUGCACUUGACAUUAGACAUCGAUUAGAGUCUGCAACAUCAUCGAAUUUCAUGCCAGAAAAUGAUUUGCCUAUCGAGCCUAUGGAGCCUAAGAAUUUCUUUACAAAAAAUCCAGCAGAAUUGCUGGGCGAGAGAAUACAAACAACAUUAGUUAAAUCACAACGUGGUCUAGGAUUUACUGUUAUUGGUGGUGAUUGUAACGAUGAGAAUAUUGAUGAAUUUUUGCAAAUUAAAUCAAUCGUAGCCAAUUCACCAGCCGCCUUAGAUGGAAAGCUCAAAACUGGUGAUAUUUUGGUAUUUGUUAAUCACAUUUGCGUUCUCGGAUUUACACAUCACGAAAUGGUCAAUAUAUUUCAAUCAAUAAUGCCUGGUGAGGAAGUACAUUUAGAUGUUUGUCGCGGAUAUAAAUUGCCAUUUGAUCCAAGUGAUCCAAAUACAGAAAUCGUCACAACUAUUGCUGUAAAUGGACUGAAUGAUGAAGUAGAAAAGAAUCGACUUUUUCUUGACAUCUUAAAUGACAAUUAUAACUUCCUAGAGAUGUCAAAUGAACCUGAUAAUUUAAGUUAUGGAAAGAAUCAAUCGAUGGCAUCAGUCAAGAGUUCGUUUGAGGUUCCAGAGAUUCAUGAUAUUAUUAUAGUAAAAGGUGAUCAAGGCUUUGGUUUUACAAUAGCUGAGAGUAAUCUUUGGGGACAAAAAGUUAAGAAAAUCUUAGACAGACAAUGUUGUAAAGAUCUUAUGGAAGGUGAUAUUCUCCUGAGCAUAAAUAACAUUAAUAUUAAAAACCUCACACAUACUGAAGUCGUUCAAGUUCUCAAAGACUGUCCAAAGAAUCAAGAGACAGUUCUGCGAGUUCAACGGGGAUUAAUAAGAAGCAGUUUAAAUAAAUUUAAUGGUAAAGCUAGAGGAAAAAUUGAUGGUGCCAAUAAAAUAUCACCAGGAACAGCGGGUGAUAAACUCUCUAUGACAAAUGGAUUAUAUCGUAGUAAAACGCCAACAGCUGAUAUUUAUAGUACGCAACAAAAAGAGACAUUACCAAUACGUCCAAAAACUCCACUUGUUGAUACGCGAACAAGAGUUCAAAUGAAGACGCCGAUACAGCUAAAUGAUUUGAAUACAGACGAUAUUGAGCUUGAUAGUAAAUUAACAGAUCAUGAUGAUAAUAAAUCGACAAUAUCGACAGCAACAACCGCCUACGAUACAACAAAAUUACUCACCGAACAAUUUGAUAAUUUUGCAAUAAACGAUCAGCGUAGUGACACCUACACAACAACAGAUUCAAUAACAUCUAAAACAAGUGGCAACGGUGGAAGAAAUCGUUUCUUUAGUCCAGUGGACAUUAAGAAUGGAAAUGGUGAUUACUAUUAUGCAAAUUCAAAUCACUCUUACUCACUUCCACCUCCACCAUCAAUUCCAAUUUCUUCGUCAACAUCGUCACAAGGCCGAUAUAUUCAGCCUAUUCAACCAAUUCAGCCAUUACAAAAUCCAUCAACGAUAUCAUACCAACAUCAGCCGCAUGAUAAUUGCUUUUGUUACGACUGUCAAGAUUAUAGAUUAAAACAAAAUCAGCAUAGCGAAUAUGUAUCAUCAUCAAAUAAUACCUCGGAUUAUAGCUUAUUACAAAAUCAAUUUAAUUUGCCACCACAAAUGAGUGAUAAUAUUGGUCAACGUAUUAAUAAUUAUCUGAUGGAUAGAAAACGUAAUGCCGGUGAUGUAUUUAGCUCGUAUCAUCCAUAUCGACCGAACGGAAAUAUCGUGGAUGAUUUUUAUUAUGUAGAAGUAACUUUAGAGCGUCAAGCUAUGGGAUAUAUGAAUAGCGAUGGAACUCAAGCUAGAGGAACAUUUGGCUUUAGAAUAGUCGGUGGAACUGAGGAGGGCACACAAAUCUGUGUGGGAUAUAUUGUUAAAGAUGGACCAGCUGAUCGCGAUCCACGUAUUCAAACGGGAGACGAAAUCGUCAACAUUAACGGCGUCAAUGUCGAAUGUGCUUCACAUCAUCUUGUGGUUAAAUUAAUGAAUGAUGCAGCACUCCUUGGUCAAGUUACUAUGCUUCUGAGAAAGAGAAAACCGCAAAAUAUGAACACAUUUUAUCGACCACAAAAUUCUUAUGAGAACCAAGUUAUUCCAAAUACAUAUGAUGUUAUCAUCAAUCGACAGGAACACGAGGGUUUCGGUUUUGUGAUUAUUUCAUCGUCUAACCAAUCCUCAGGAUCAACAAUUGGAAAGAUAAUACCAAACAGCCCUGCUGAUAAUGGACAGCUAAAGAUCGGCGAUAGAAUAAUUCGAGUUAAUGAUAUUGACAUCUCAAGCAUGUCACACGGUGAUGUAGUCAAAAUUAUCAAGGAAUCAGGUUUAACAGUUCAAUUAACAGUCAGCAAUUGUACGCAAGCUAGGGCAACGGAUUUCAUCAGUGAAGUAAAUAAUUCGCCAUUUAAUACAAAUAUUAGCUCUAGUAGCAACAAUAACCCACUAAAUACCUUUCCAAUGAUAACAUGAUUAAUGAGAGAUGAUCGAUACCUUGGAUGUUAUUUAAGGACAGCAUGCUUUAAUUGUUUACUAACACGAGAUUCCAUCUUGUUAUAAUAAUUUGUUUUUACCAAAGUACUUAUAGACAUAUCCUCAAUUCGAAUAUCAAAACAAAAAUUUAAAGAAAUUGCCUUAAACUUAUACGAAAUUAGAUUUAAAAAAAAAAUCUCACUUUUUGGAUAUCGCAAAGAAUGAUUGCCAAUAGAUUGUUAAGGAAAUCAACAGUUUUUAGUAUAUGCACACUUUUUUGGUGUUUAAAACAAUUUGUAAAAUUACGAAUAUAGUGCAAAAAGAAAAAAGAAAAUCUAGGAAAUAGAACUCUAUAGAGCCUUAUUAAUAGUUAAUAUUUAAGACUGAAUGACGAGAACGAGUGAGUGAUGAUAAUUAUAUUAUCAUAAAAACAAACCUUUAUGGGGAUGAUUCUUAGACGAUAUUGUUAGGAGGGGAAAUCAAGGCGUGGAUUUAUUCAGGAAAUUCUGUGUGCUUCUGAUUUGGAAAUCUUAAAUGGUUCUUAAUGAUAGUUCUUCGUAAGCUUUGAGUUGCAAAAUCCUUGAGUGAUAUUGAAAUUACAGGAAUGCUUCUAAACCUUAGUCACUCGUAGGAGCAGUGGCUCAAAGUGGCACUUCUAAAUUAGGUACCUAAUAGUAAGACAGGGAAUUCCACUUAAUUUAUGAGAUGCACAUCAAGUUUAAAGGCAUGGACGUUUUUUGGAGAUGUAUUAGACCGCUCCCCAUCCACAUUAAUCAAAAUUUUGCAUGUAAAAAUUUUUGUUUGUUUAAAAUGUUACAAAUUUUUGACCACUGAACCUUAGAAACGAGUAUCCAAAUGACUUUCC